AUACUGCAAACUACAAAACGUUUGUCAAAGACUACACAGUGAAAUGGUGGCUACAAUUCUCUUUGUCCUAGGCUGCAUUAGCAGCGCUUCGUUGGUUAAUGCUGGCGCUGCAAAAGCCAACAAAGGCUCUCAAGUCAUGACACAAGCCAACAAAGGCUCUCAAGUCAUGACACAAGCCAACAACGACUCUCAAGUUAUGACUGCCGGCUUCGACUGCGACGAUAAUAUCCAGGGCGGCAGUUGUGUUGCAUCUUGUUGGUACAAUGACUGGCAAACGCGUGAUAACCGUUGCGGCGGUGAUCGCGACAAGUUUAGCUUCAACAACGGAUUCGGACAAUGCUACUGCUGUCGCACACAUCACUUUACGCCCGUUGCAAUGGGACAGACGGAUCAGCCAGAGUCGAAUACCAAUGCAUCGUCCAUUCGUGUUCUCGACGCCUACAACUGCGACUCCUAUCUGACAGUUUCUGAACAAGGCUCUGCAUGUUGGUUCAAUGACUGGCAGCACCGCGACUCCCGAUGCCCCAAUCAAAACGAUAAGUGGAGCUUUGGGACUGUUUACGGGAAGUGCUAUUGCUGCCGACAUCCCUCUAAAUAGUCCAUUUUCCAUGUACAGCUCAUGCGAAUGCUCUAGCAUACGUACAUAACUUCAUGUACAAUUCGCCGCAAGCUUUGGGAAGUGGGUUGAAGACGCGCUUCGUGUGCAGAAAAUAUUCAAAUUUCAGCAACUUAAUUCUCUUCGGACCGGAUAAAAAUGCUUUUCCUAGUUCGAUCGCGAGCUUCAUUUACCUAACUACGUGUUAUGGCCUGAGCUGACAGUCAUAGUGUUAUGCAAAGUACUUUGUAGCAGUUAUUGCGUUAGCUGGCCGGUUACCGUAUGAAGUCUGUAUAAAUAUAAUCUAACUUAUGGGUAAAUUAUUUGUGCAUUUCGUUUGAACUGCUUCUCUGAGUAAACUGCUUUCUGCUGAA